AUGGACGAGUCUCUAACCGGAACUUUGCAUCGAGCGACCAACCUUGCUUCAAAAGGCACGAACGGCCCAAUUACACUAUGGGGCAUCACACGAAAUGCAAGAGACCUCGUCUCUUUUUCAACGGAAAUUAAACCGGCCACAGCCGAGCUUCUGCCAUAUGUCGGGCUGGCGCUGCCAAUUUCAACGCUGAAAGAAACAGACGAAUACGAAGAUACAUUAUGGAACAUGCUCCAGCAUACCCCUGGGGAAAUAGUUGCCAAGGAGAAGCGUGAUGAGAAAGAUGGUCUGACGGUUGUCGCGAUCGCUACCAUUGCGGUACUUUGUGCGAACUGCGGCCUCUAUCCCGCCGAUCACGUCGAAUUGAAAAAUAUCGCCAGUCUGCUAUGGGAUUGUAAACUGGCGGCGGCAUUGAAAAUGGUCCGAGAAAACGUAGAUCGGUAUUGCCGCGGUGCCGAUGCUACAGGGAUAAAGGACAACACUUCUCACGAUGACGGAAAAUAG